UGGAUAUGCAUCAUAGUUUCCGGGGGCCUGAGGCCAAGGAAUACAAGGAACGGCAUCUCUUUCCCGUUCACAAAGGACAACCCAAGCCAGACCAGGCCCAAGACCAACCCAUUAGUGUACAAAAAUCCGUACAUAUUUUCUGCAUUGGAUCAGUACCUUGCCGUAGUGACUCAAUACCAUUCCCAAUUCAUUAACAAGCCUUGGAGGAACUUUGUGCAGUACUAGUAUCACUUAUUUAAACUGUAUCCCCCCUCGGUCAUCUCCAUAACUCUUUCUCGUUUUACAUACAUAUUUCUAAAGUCCAGACCAAGUCUAAGACCAAAACUAAAAAAACCCAAUCCAAAUCCAAAUCUGAGUUAAACGAAGCAUAAAGCUAUCGAAACUUCAUAUACUACCAAAAAAUACCAAUCUAAAUUCGUCCAAACCAACCGAAAUCUCACAUAAUGCCUUUCACCGCAAGUGAUAUCUGCAAGAUCCUUCUUGCCAUCCUCCUACCGCCUCUAGGCGUCUUCUUAGAGCGAGGAUGUGGUGCCGACUUCUGCAUUAACGUCCUGCUCACCAUUCUCGGUUACAUCCCGGGUAUUCUGCACGCGCUGUAUAUUAUUCUGAAAUAUUAAAAGACCGCUCGAGUAAACAUAUUCCACCACGGCUUUGCUUUAUUUUUCAGUGAUGCAGCAGCAGCAACAACAACAACAGCAGCGAACAGCAUAGCAAGCAAGAAGAUUCCACCCAUAGAAACGGCGCCUGAAAGGUUGGACCAAUCAUGCAGUAGCGUAGGGGUUCAUGAUUUCCCGGCGGCGUUUGCGUGGAUCCAGGUCUAUGGCUCUUCUUUUCCCAUUUCUUUGAAAGCCAAUGGUGGGGGCGCAAUGGCAUGACAAUUGGGGGGAAAUCUUGGCUUUGAUCGACGUCACUCGAUUUCUUUUCCAUGCGGCCAUGUUUCAACCUCUCAGCCCGAUUCAUUAUUUCCGAUGGCGCGAUUGUAUCUGUUUCCUUACUCUAUUCUUAAUCAAAGCCGCGAUGAUUCACUGGAAGGAAGGCUGGAAGGGAGUUAGGCUGAGGAUCCGGCUCUGCUGAGCAUCGAUUGCUUGCGACAUGUAUUCAUGACGAUUUUUAGACUUCCUCCUAGCAUUAAUGAUUACGAACUUCGAUACCCCGAUAC